AUGGGGCCCCCAGGCAAUAGGGGAUCAUGGGGCCCAUGUGUCCUUGCCCAAACUCAAAAAAGCCUAUGAAAAAGGUACCAGGAGCAUCUCAUGGGGCCCCCUACUGACCCCGGGCCCUCAGUUCCAAACAACAAGGCAUUUAUAAUGGUGAGUGUAGUGUUACCCCUGAACAGGGGCGGACUGACAACUCAUGGGGUCCCCCGGGCAAUAGGGGAUCAUGGGGCCCCUGUGUCCUUGCCCAAACUCAAAAAAGCCUAUGAAAAAAGUACCAGGGGCAUCUUAUGGGGCCCCCUACUGACCCCGGGCCCUCGGACAGUGCCCGAGUUUCCAAAUGGUCAGUCCGCCCCU